UCCAAACAGUAAACACGGUCUUUCUGUAGUGAUCAAAACGUACCGAAAAAUCCGCGUGUUUAAGUAGUCAACUCUUGGAAAGUUUAAAGUGCAAUUUGUUUCCGACCGACAUCCUGCUCUGCCGGACUUAGGAUAGUGUCUCCUCCGUCUCUGCGUGAUUACGCCAACAAGUUUAAAGGUUUUCGGAGAUAGAGUGGCUAAAUAUCCAGUGGUGUGACAUAGCGCAAGCGAAGAGUGGCACUAUUUGCAUUUCGGCAGGUACAGGUGUUAGCCGUGAGUAAAAGCAUAGGGUGGUUCGAAUAAAUGGGAUUUUUUUCUCAACAAAAAAAAAAUAAUUUUUCAACGGAUAUGGAAAUUACGACAACCGAAGGGGUGUCCAAAGAGGAAACGUGCGAGACCGGCUAGGGUUUAGGUCUCAACCUGCAGCACAAAGAGGACGAGGCUAUAAGCCAGCCGAAUGGUACCUGAGCGAGAAUAGGCGGCGGCGUGACUAUUCCCAGAUGACUUGCGAUUUUUGAGGGGUAAAGGGACAUAUAAAGCGUAAGUGCUUUAAGUUUAAGAAUAUGCAAAAAAAUUCAAUAAAAUUUGUCGGUCAGCCGUACCGUCCCCAAGAAGGAAAAUUAGAAGAGAUAAUGAGUGAGUGGAGAAAGAUUGGGCUUGAGAGCGAUAGCGAUGGAGAUAAUGAUAGAGACACAGGUGACAUUCAAUGCAUGCAAAUUUCUUCUAUAAACAAUAUAAGUAACCCCUGUAUAAUACACAUUGAUAUUAACAAUAUUAUGAUCCAAAUGGAGAUUGAUUGCGGUUCUACAGUUUCGGUUAUAAGUAAAAAACAAUAUUUUUCCACUUUUAAAAAUCCUCUUUCUUAAUGUAACAGAAAAUUAAUUGUGGUUAAUGGGGAUAAGUUAAGAAUCGAAGGGGAGGCAAAGGUUUCAGUAAAAUUUAAAGGGGUAGAAGCAAACUUGAAGCUUCUGGUGUUGAAGGGUGACCAUGAUUUUGUUCCUUUAUUCGGUAGAACCUGGUUAGAUGUUUUCUACCCAAACUGGAGACAAUACUUUUCUAGUUGUGAUAUGAUAAAAACGGUAAAAGAAUUGAAAGGCGGUAAAAUUACUGCAAAAUUAAAAGAACAAUUCAACGAUGUAUUUCAGAAAGAUUUCUCGAAGCCAAUUAAAGGCUUUGAAGCAGAAUUGAUACUUAAAGACAAUCCACCCAUUUUUAAAAAAGCGUAUAAUGUACCUUAUCGACUGAGGGAUAAAGUUUCCGUUUAUUUAGAUAAAUUGGAGAAAGAAAAAGUAAUUAUGCCAAUUAACACAAGCGAAUGGGCCUCUCCAAUUAUCAUAGUUAUUAAAAAAAAUAACGAUAUACGUCUUGUAAUUGACUGCAAAGUUUCACUAAACAAAUAUAUUAUACCAAAUACUUACCCAUUACCAACUGCCCAGGAUUUAUUUGCGGGUUUAGCGGGUUGCAAAGUGUUUUGCGCCUUAGAUUUGGAAGGCGCAUACACUCAACUGUCGCUUUCUGAAAGAUCGAGGAAAUUUAUGGUUAUAAAUACCAUAAAAGGUUUAUACACUUAUAAUAGGCUACCCCAAGGUGCCACUUCUAGCGCCUCAAUCUUUCAGCCGGUAAUGGAUCAAGUCCUAAAGGGAAUUGAUAAUGUAUAUUGUUACUUGGAUGAUGUACUUAUAGCGGGUAAAAACCUUGAAGAAUGUAAACAAAAACUUUAUUCAGUGCUGGAGAGACUAUCCUCGGCAAACAUAAAGGUUAACUGGGAGAAAUGUAAAUUUUUUGUGUCAGACUUGCCAUAUUUAGGGCAUAUUUUAAGUGAAAAGGGUUUAUUGCCAUGUCUAAAUAAAAUCUCGACUAUACAAAAGGCGACAGUGCAAAGAAAUGUGACCGAACUCAAAUCAUAUUUGGGUUUAUUAAAUUACUAUAACAGAUUUUUACCUGGUUUGUCUACGAAAUUAUAUCAUUUAUAUAACUUAUUGAAAUCUAACGUAAAAUAUGUAUGGGACAUUAAUCGUGAAAGAGCAUUUCAAGAGAGCAAAAAUAUGCUGAUUAAAACAGAUUUUUUGGAGUUUUAUGACCCUUUGAAGCCUGUGGUGGUAGUUACUGAUGCUUCUGGCUACGGUCUAGGAGGAGUAAAUUCUCAUGACAUUGACGGAAUAGAGAAACCUAUAUGCUUUACUUCCUUUUCUUUAAAUUCAGCACAGAAAAACUAUCCAAUUUUACACCUGGAAGCACUGGCUUUAGUUUCAGUUAUAAAGAAAUUUCACAAGUUUCUUUAUGGACAAAAAUUCACAGUUUACACAGAUCACAAACCUCUUGUAGGAAUUUUUGGAAAAGAAGGGAAGAACUCUAUUUAUGUUACAAGAUUGCAAAGAUAUAUUCUAGAGAUGUCCAUAUAUGAUUUUGAAAUAAAAUAUCGACCGUCCGCUAAAAUGGGGAACGCAGAUUUUUGUUCAAGAUUUCCUUUAGAACAAGAGGUUCCAAAAGAAUGCGAUUUUAUUAGAAGCAUAAAUUUUACAAAAGACAUGCCUUUAAAUUUUAAUAAAAUAGGUCAAAUGACGAAGGAAGAUGAAUUUCUAAUGAAUAUCAUAUGUUAUUUAGCAAAAGGUUGGCCACCAAAGCUAGACAAAUACUUGGCUAAGGAAUUUUCUAAUAAAGAUGAACUAGAAAUUGUGGACGAAUGUCUAUUAUAUAAAACCAGGGUAGUAAUUCCACAGUUAUUACAGGGCGAGAUUUUGAAACUCCUGCAUGUCAACCAUGCAGGAAUGUGUAAGAUGAAACAAUUGGCCCGGGGUACAGUUUUUUGGUUUGGUAUAAAUUCAGAUAUAGAAAAAUAUGUCUCUAGCUGCGACGUGUGCUCUAGUAUGGCUAUAGUGCCUAAACAAACAGGAGAGUCCAAAUGGAUUGCCACUACCAAACCUUUUAGCAGAAUACAUAUUGUUUUUUUUUUUAUUUUGAACAAAGAACCUUUUUGCUUUUGGUAGAUAGUUAUUCCAAAUGGUUAGAAAUAGAAUACAUGAAUAAUGGCACAGAUACAGGGAAAGUUCUUAAGAAAUUGAUUGUGUUUUUUGCUAGAUUUGGCCUGCCGGAUGUGUUGGUUUCGAACGGUGGUCCUACUUUCAACUCGUAUGAUUUCGUAAAUUUCUUAAAAAGGCAAGGAAUUAGGGUUUUUAAAAGCCCACCUUACAAUCCUUCGAGUAACGGGCAGGCUGAGAGACUGGUCAGAACAGUAAAAGAAGUUUUAAAAAAGUUCUUAAUGGAACCGAGUUUUAUAAAUAUGGGAUUGGAGGAUCUAAUCCAACUAUUUUUAAUUAAUUAUAGAAAUAACUGCAUGACAACUGAUGGUAAAUUUCCAUCAGAAAAGAUUUAUUCAUUUAUACCUAAGACUUUGUUGGACCUUAUACACCCUAGAAAGCAGUAUAAAAAUAACUUACUAACAAACAAUAACCCAGCCAAUGAUGUUAACAGUCCAACAACAGUAAAGCAUGACUCACUGGACGAUCUGAUGGCGGGAGAUACUGUAUGGUAUAGAAACCACAGUCCCCAAAAUCAGAAAGGAUGGUUGAAAGCAAGUUUCAUUAAAAAGUAUUCUCAAAAUACUUUCCAGGUUGCAAUUGGAAACGCAACUACACUAGCCCACCGGACGCAGUUGAGGAAGGUGACAGAAGACAGCUACAUCCGGCCGAACGUGACGGUGGCGCUGGCCACUCCAAAUGGCGGUAUUGAUGACGAUGAAGAACCAUUCAGGGGAUUCCCGGAGCAGAAAGUAAGGAAAAGGAAAGCGGAAAUGCCGGGACCAGAAACGACCGAACUGAGGCGAUCGAAACGCAUACGAACGGCGAAGGCUGAUCGAGAUUUUGUUUACAAGUGAAUAUACACUGUUAAUACGGCGAAGGCUGAUCUGAAAAUAUUAUAAAUUUUUUUAAAUUUCUUUCAAGUUUAAUUUUUUUUAAGGGGAAAGAGCUGUGGUAUCCCUUGAUUUUAUAGCAGGUUUUCACAACCCUGCGAUCUUUCAGUUCAGUGGAACGCGGAAACGAUAUUUAAUACGUUCCGCGCAACACUGUCAGAAAAUGGUAAGAGAAAUAAAAUGAUUCUGGAGCGGGCUCUCCAGGCUCAGUUCGAGUUGGUAUUCCAAACAGUAAACACGGUCUUUCUCUAGUGAUCAAAACGUACCGAAAAAUCCGCGUGUUUAAGUAGUCCACUCUUGGAAAGUUUAAAGUGCAAGUAUUAAAGUUUCAAAGUGUAUCCGCUAGUGUUCUCCAGGUCCUUUUUUAGUUUGU